AGUUUGGAUGUUGUGUGAAAUAACUUCGCUUCUCGUCGCUCGGUUUUAUGAUUUCUUUCAAUUUUUCUAACACUCCAAAGUAAUUUUUGAUAUAUUUUCUCCAACUAUAAUUUAAACGAUAUUGAAGUGCGUGCGCGUGUGUCUUACAUAUUCUCUCACUACGAACCUCACAACUUUCGGUGUAUUUAAUUUGAAAGGAAAUAAUCAUUAGAAAUACUAUUAGAAACGAGAAAAAUUGUGUCGCAACAAAUGUGCGUGAGCCAUAGUUAAUCCCAAGUGUGCGUUGCAGGGGCAAAUAUUGACAGCUGUCACCUGUCGCGAAAUAGUGGCAGUUGUCGGUGCCGCAGCUGUCAGCUAGCAGUGCAGUCGUAGUACUCAACGCGUCCAGCAUUUCUGCAAUUGUUGCAUACUUUGCCGGCAAACGCGCAACAUUCUCUACAUUAACGACCGGUCAGACCCCCUAGACGUGCAUACAUACACACAAACAUACAUAAGUGUAGCGCAUACAAUAAAUAAUAAACGUCAGCUGGUCGCUGCGCUGCCGCUGCACUUUGUACGUAGUGCCGUUUUACCCUCCCCCUUUUUGUGCUGCAUUUUGUAACAUGUAAGUGUCGGUGUGUUCGUUUUGUAUCGGCAGAUCGUUGUGCUUCAUUUUGUGUUGCAGUUGUUGAAUUUAUUAUUAUUACACAGCAAAAGAGUAAGCUCAAAAGGCAAUAAAAAAAGUCGAAAAGGCAAAAUCGAAAAAACUACUUACAACGCGUACGCGAAUAAAUUCAUUAUAAUUCAUCAAAAUCAAGUGAACAACAACGAAAAAAGUUAAUUAUCGUGCAUAUUCGCCCUUUUGGAUUGCUGUGCUUGUUGGUGGCGAGACCCGAGGAGUCACAAGCCAAAGGCCGGCCAGCUCAAGUAAUGAGCCGCCAUUGUAUGCGUUUAUCGCAAAUGAAGUGUGUGUGUAAAAUGGAAAUUAUUUAUUUGUGGGCAAAUGUGCUUAUUAAGUGCUGAAUUGUUGCAGAAAUUUACGCUAAAUUGUGAAAGUGUUGAAUUGUAAGCGAUAAGCGAAGAUUUAUUGCAAAGAAAUUAUUCUGCAAGUUACUGCAUGCACAUACAUGAAUAUAAAAUUAUUGUUGUAGGCGAUAAAUGCAAAUAUGCUUAAUAAGUGAUUAUAAAAUACAGAAUUAUUGUUCUAAUUAUAGCAUAGUGCAUUUAAAGAAAUUUAUACGAAAGCAAGCAAGUUACGAAGAAUAUUAGUUAUUAAUCGCAUUUCAACUCACAGCGUCGUUAUUUUUGAGAGUCACUACAAACGCGACGCAGCGCGGAGGCGCAUCUACUACUGCAACAAGACACGACGCGCCUGGCCGCUUGGGAGGCGCAAAAAGACACAAACAAGUGUUUUUAAGCGCGCGCGUAGCCAAGAAAGCCAACGAAAUACGAGUCCGUAUAACCAAAUAAAGACGCAGUCAAAAUAUAUAACACUGCGAAAGCAAAAAAAAAAAGCUUACAAUAAUAAGCAAAUAAAUCGCAUGAAGCGCGCCUACCGACCGCAUACCGCUACCAAUACACAAUUGGUUUUUGCUGAAUUCGAUACUGUGAGGAUAGCUAGCGCGUGCGUGAGUGCGCGUAUACUUGCGGCAAACGCCCCACUCUCCAAACGCGGUUGAGCGCGGGCGCGUUAAUCACGCGCAAACACAUGAAACUCAACUAAAGUAAUUUGUACUUGAAAAUCGCGCAAGUGAAAUCCGUGAAAUUGAAUUCGUGCCUAUCAGCGGAAAGAUGCUGGAGCGGUGACGCGCGAAAAGCAAUCGCGAGUGUUGAGAAUGAAAACAGUUGAACUCACCGCCAACAGAUACAACAGCGGCUGCGGCUGUGGCUGUUAUUAAGAAAAACAAAUUUCAUAAUUCGCCUUGUGGCUAGCGCUUAUUGCAACGAAGAACAGCAGCGCAGCCCAUUAGACGCGGCGGAAAUUUAGUAGCAAAACAAUUUUUCCACUUCUUUUUGGUGUUGUUAGCCCUUUUGCGCUCACUAUUCGAUCGCGCGCGCACACAACGAAAAAUCGGAAAGCUAUAAAAACAAAAACCAAAACGAAAAAAAGAAAAAAAAAAAACGAAACGAAAUCUUUAUAAAAAAGCAUAGAAAUUGAGAGAAUUGAAUUGGUAGCGGCGCAUAAUUGCCUGAAACGGCCGACUCGACCGGAAAAUCAAGCAGGCACUGAGGCGUACAGCAGCCCUAGCAGUAGCGUCAGCACCAGCAGCGUUAGUAGCGUUAGCUCCAGCACGAUGUUGGCCGGCAUAAGGAAGCGUCUGGCGCGCAAAACACUAGAUAUAAAAGAAGAAGAUGACGAUAAAGACGAUAUACAGGCCUUUUCUCCACCAACGAAUUACAUAACGAUAUCUCAAGGAAAAAUUCAGCUAGUACACCAACAGCGCUCGCAGGAAAGUGAUAUUUCCGAUGCGCAAAAUCGAAAAGAUCGGGAGGUACUGGAAAAUCGGAUUGUCGAACUAGAAGAAGCGCUUUCCCACUUGCAGGAAAGAUUUAAUAAUAGUCAUUGCGUGUCGCCAACGUUCGAGAAAGAGCUGCGAGAGCAACUGGAUAACAUGAAUCGUGUAAUAAAAUCGAAAGAACGAAAGCCAAAACAAACAUGUCCAGGACACAAAACACUCCAGAGCCGCAUCACCCACCAAGAGACGCUGUUACGUUCCAUGCAACAAGAGAAUUACACACUCAAACGCAGCAUACGUCAUUACGAACGUUGUCUGGACGAUGUAAUGCGCAAGGUAGUGGAUGCCAUUGUCGCAGAGGAUAUACUACGCGAAGAGGUCAGCAUGCUUAAGAAUCGGGUACGCGAUUUGGAAGCGCAAAAUGCGGCGCUCUCAGCAAGUCCGGCAAAGGGACGCGACGAAGGAUACUGUACGAUGAGCAGCGGACAACCGCAGCCAUCGAAUGGACAUCUGGAAGAUUUGCCGGAGGAGCCCGAACAGUGGCUGCUGCCAGCCGAACCGUGUUCGACUGAAAUGGAAGACUGGAGCAUGUCGCAAGAGGAGCUGCCUGUAGUGACGCUGGACGACGGACAGCAACUUAUGCGCGGCGGCCGUUUGUUGACCAAUUUAAGGCGGCAAAAUGGUGAAAACGAGUGGAUGUGGAAUUCGAAUGAUUUCCUCACAUCGACCACCGCGGAAACGGACUCGGAAUCCGAGGCGAUAUCACAAUUGCUGCAACAAAAGAUUGUUUACUCCGAAGAUGAAGACAUUGCGCGCACCGAGUUCACCAACGAGUUCUACAAGCUUGUCGACAUACGUUCGGCUUCGGCGCGCAGUCUCUUCUCCUACAUCGAGGGCGAAACAGAUGACGAGGACGACGACGAYGAAGAAGACGAAAUGUCUAGUUUGUCGAAGCGACGUAUACGGCUGCGCAGUAAAAGCGCAUUAAAUGGCAAUCGACUGACUGCGACCAGCCCGACGCCAAGCGAGGCGGGACGCGCACAAGUGACCAGCUGUUCGUCCAGCGAAUCGGACGAACAAUCACGUUGUACGACAACGCAACACGAACUGAACGGCAGCACUAUCGAAGGCGGCAUCGAAGAGGAAAUGGACACACAAUUGUGUGGCAACGAAAGCAGUGAUAUCGAAAUCGAAGACUUACAACUGGAAAACGAAACGUUGCACAAGCUAAACGAACAAGAAUGCAUUGAAGCGAUUAUACGCACAGAACUGCGUCGACCCAACACCAACAGCCCCGCGCUACCGAUGGUCAAAUCCAAAUCGAUGUUGCACAAAACCGAAAACGACUUGAACGGACUGCUGCGUAACGCGGCAAAUACGAACGGCAACGACGCCAAGCCGCCGCGUGUAGUACGCAGCGAAAGCGUGAACGGCGCAAUCGUCGGCGGCAGCGGUAACGGUGGUGGAGGCGAGAGUCGCGGCAGCUCCGCGAGCGCGCACAAGUUGCAAGAACGUCUACAAACGCGACCGGCCAACUCGUGGCGCAAAAGCAGCGGUUGGAAGCGCGUACCAACGACACCGACCGGUUCGCCCACAGCGCCGUUGUCACCGAAAAAGGAAGUGAAAACGGAGAUUGUGCGCAACUGUGUGAAUGGCUUGCCGAAAAUACCGCCGACGCGUAUACCAACCAGCGUGCAACAACAAUCGCCGCCAUCGCCAAAGCAAAACCAAAACGCGCCAUUGCAAUUUGGCGAUACACAAACACAACAACAACAACAGCCAAUACGAAAAUCAAAAAUUCCUCCACCAGUUCCCGUGCGUCGUUCUUAUGCGAGCUAGCCAAGUGCGGUUGAGGGUAUAAAAUAAAGUAAUAAUAACAACAACAAAAACAAUAAAAUUAAAAUUGUAGCCGUAACAGUGUAACAUGCCGUUACGGUUGAAGCGAAAUCCACAAGUUAAUUAAUUUAAGCAAAAUUUAUAUAAAAAAAAGACUUAUAUGUGAUAUUUGAGCGAAGAAAGAGUACGCAAAAGUAGUUCUAAAACAAAAACAAUAAAACACAUUGUUGUAUAUACACGUAGUAGUAACAAUGAAGUAACACCAAAAGUGACACUAACUGCCUGUUCCACAAAAACGAAAAAAAAACUUUAACAACAAAAAAUAAUAAUAACACCGUAAUUUUGGAAAAAA